AUGCCAGCCAAACACGAUGUUACUACUUCCUUGCAAAACCAGGAAAAUAUCCUCCCCAAAACACGACUUCUCAUUGUCAUCAGCUGCCUUUCUCUCGUCUUAUUCACAGCUUUCAUCGAUCAAAAUGGAGUUUCCGUGGCCCUUCCAAGCAUUGCAGUCGACCUCAACGCCGAAGACAGCAUACCUUGGGCCGGAACAUCGUCACUCAUCGCGAACACCGUCUUCUCUGUGCUCUAUGGACGACUGUCAGAUAUAUUCGGACGUAAAUCGGUGUUCCUAACAGCAUGCGCCAUCUUGUCACUCGCAGAUUUAUUAUGCGGCUUUUCGCAAAACGCGCCCAUGCUCUACUUCUUCCGUGCAUUGGCAGGGUUGGCUGGUGGUGGUAUCACGAAUUUAGCAAUGAUAUUUGUGUCUGAUGUCGUGACCCUUGAGGAAAGAGGGAAGUAUCAAGGAAUCAUCGGCGCAUGCCUUGGAGUAGCAAAUAUUGCAGGCCCCUUUAUGGCUGCUGGCUUCAUUCGGUCCGCUUCAGUGGGGUGGAGAGGGUUUUUUUGGACGCUCACGCCGAUUGUCGCCGCUGGAGGUGUUGUGUCAUGGUUUGUUCUACCGCAGUCCAAAGUCACUGGUGGUCUUCGCGACAAACUUUGCAAAAUUGAUGUCUGGGGCUGUCUGACAUCGUCCGCUGGGAUUGUUCUAUUGUUGAUUCCCAUCUCUGGGGGUGGCCUGUACUUUCAAUGGGACUCGGCCAUGGUUAUUAGCAUGUUGGUGGUUGGAAGUUGUGCCCUAGUUGCCUUCAUCGUUGUCGAGUGGAAGGUGGCCAGAAUUCCAAUGAUGCCCAUGAAUAUCUUCCAGAACCAAUCUAUCCUGGCUCUACUCUUCCAAAGCUUCUUGCUCGGCUGGGUAUAUCAAACCUAUCUCUACUACCUCCCCCAAUACUAUCAAAAUAUACGCGGCUACAGCGUGGUAGCCAGCGCAGCGUUGAGCGUCCCCUUGGUCUUUAUGCAGGCUGUCGGAUCUGUGGUCUCCGGCCAAUACAUCUCUCGCCGCCACCACUACGGAGUAAUUCUUUGGAGUGGCUUCACAAGCUGGACAGUCGGGUGUGGCCUGACUACAUUGUUCAAUCAACACACAAAUCCCGGGGUGUGUGUUGUAGCACUUCUUUUGAUUGGCACUGGUGUUGGAUUCGUCUUCCAGCCUACUUUGGUCGCAUUGCAGGCACACUCGCCGAAGCCUCAGCGAGCAAUCAUAAUCUCGAGUCGAAAUUUCUUUCGCUGCGCUGGUGGUGCAUGCGGAUUAGCGGUUUCGGCUAGCAUUCUUCAGACUGGGUUGAGAAAUCAUCUCCCAGCGGACAUGAAGUAUAUUGCAUCUUCGAUAUACAAUCUGCCAACCUCAGGCGACCCCGAGACCACGGCGCUCAUUUUAUCUGCAUACAUGAAGGCAACAAAAGAUCUGUACAUUGCCAACACUGUUGUGAUUGGCUUGUGCCUAUGUGCCUGUCUGUUGGUUAGAGAUCGGGGACUGAAAAGGGAAGGCGAGAAUGAAAAAAGAGAGACGCCGGCGCCGGAUUCCGUGACUCUUGCUGUAACUCUGCCAAAUACAGGUAAAACCACGGUUGAUGUUGCGAGCGUAAGCGAGGAAGAUGUUGAAAAGUGUGGUCAACCAACACAAGACGACAAUCAUUUAUGA